GUCAACAACGAAGAAGUUGCAGCGAUGCCAGACGUUGAACCCCUGAGAUUCCCAUCAAGGGAAGGAAGACCGAGUCAACAAGACCAAGCAGAUCUUCAAGUCGUCUGCUCUGGUAGACGUCGCACUUGUGCUUUGCUCAACAGUCCCUCACCAUGUGUCAACAAUGCUAUUUACCAUAUGCAAGAGUUGAAGAUGACUGUGGAAAAUUGGUUUCAGCAGCCGCAGAUUGACCAGGACAAGCACCAAUACAGCAAAACUUUAAGAUUUCAAUCCAGAGACUCAGAUACUGAAUCAGUGAUGUCUACAGAGCUGUUCGUCGAAGGCAUCGCAAUAAGUGCAAGAGAAAGUUGUCCAUUAUCGCCACUAUUGAAGAAAAUAAAUGAUGUCCUUGGAGAGGUUGUGUAUCUGAUUGAGCGGCUGGAGGCUGAUCGGCAGUAUGCAGAGGAAGCCCUCCACAAAGAGAAGAAAAGGAAAAGAUUUUUGGAGAACAAAGUUGACAGUGUUUCACUGUGGAAGCAACAAGAGCAUUCCUUUAUUGUCCAAAAAGAGCAUGAGGCUUGCAUCAGAGACAUCACUGAACUGAAGUGGCAGCUAAAAUUGGAGAGGGAGAAGCUUGACCAGGUCCAGGAGAAAUUGUCACACACUGAGGUGUUGAACCAGCACUUACACGAGGACAUCGACUUUGCCAAAAAACAAAUCCCCAUUGUGAAAGAAAAUCUGGACCUCCAGAGAACCAUCAUAAAUCAAAUCAACACUGCACAAUCAGAGGCAGAUGAAGUAUGCUCAAAAACACAAAGUGAUCUCAUAGUCGUUCAGAGGGAGUUGAAAAAGAUGGAACUGGACGCCAACAAUGAAAGAAUCUCAUUGGACCAUGUGCUGUUGGCGAUGAAGAAUCAGCUGGCUAACAGAUUGGAAGAUUUAAAGCAGUUGAAGAUCCUUGAGGAAGGUCUACGUGCUGAAAUAGUUGAUGCUGAAAAGACAGUUGCUCUUACAGAAGAAAAGUGCGCAGCCAUAACGCAACACAUCCCUGAAAUGAUGGAGCUCAAGCAAUCUGAAAAAGACCGGAUUUUGCAAUUGAAACUUCGAAUUGAGGAUGAAAUGCAAAAGGAAAAGAAAUUGAAAGAGAAAAUAAUUGCAUUACAAGAAGAUAUUGAGAGAUCUAAACUUAAUGGGGAAGCAGACGUUUCCUGCAUAGAAGAGCAGCUCCACUCAAAACGUAAUGCUUUUGCAGCUCUCCGCAAAGAAAACAUGGAGUAUGAACAGAAUUUUGAAGAGUACAAGAUAAAAAUUUCUGAGAGUGAGAAAGCAGUGAAGCACAUGCACGAGGAGAGGAAGCAGAUGCUCCAGAAAAUCCUUGACAAUGACAAGCAGUGGGAAAAGGCCAAGGAGGAAGUGACCCAAGUUGUAACCCAGCACAGAGUCACCCAGACUAAGCUGGAGGAGCAGGAGCAGCUCACCUUCAUGGAAGAACAGAGGGCCAGGAAAGAGAUUGAAAACCUCAGAAAAGAUCUGACAGGUCAGGCGACUGCCCUGGAAAUACUGAAGGGUCAGUGUGCAAAUAUCAAUGACGGAUUAAAACAACAGCAAAGGAGCUCAGAGCUAACCAACCAAAAACUUCAGAAAGAAUUUGAAGAUGCAUCUUUAGCAACAAGAGCUCUGGAGACAAAAAUUGAGAAAAUCAAGAAAGUGACAGAAAAUUUGGAAAAGAUUGAGUGUGAGCACAGGAACACGUUACUCAAGCUUGAGAGGGAGAAAAAACUCAAAUGUGACUACCUGAAAGCUGCCCAGGAUUUACAAACUGCCGCUGUAAAGAGAUAUGACUACACCCUGGGCAGGAUCAGUGACCUUACGGAGAAGAGCAAAGAAUACCAAGAUGCUUCAGUUAAAAUGGAAAAAAUAGUUGAAAGCAUGCCAGACGUCAUAGCGGAACUUCAAAGUGUGUUUGAUGUGGUGGAUUUCAAAAACAAAUCAGCUGCUCUCAUAAUGAGCACCUUGCAGUCUGAUAUUAAUAACUGCCAGCAACAAACACGGCGAUCCAUGCAGACACACACUGCUCAUGUUACAGCAAGAAAAAAGGAAAUGGAAGACAUCAAGGAAGCACUAAAAAUUGCACUGAAGGAGAACAAACAGCUGGCAAGCGAGUACGAAAGUCUUAAGAAGAUCCUCAUGGAGGCCAAACAAGAGGCAGUGUUAGCAUUGAGCAAGAAAAACCACAAACAUAAAUCUUUUCAUUAUUACACACAGCUCUCUUUGUUGCAGAAGAGGAUGCACAAAGCUUUGGUGAAAUACUUCAAACAACGCAGCCUCUAUAGCCAGGCUGAACUGGACUGGUGCCAGGCUCUCUCUCAAGAGACCAACCAGAAAAUAAAAACAGCCCAGGAGGGGUUGUCUGACGAAAUUCAGCUCAUCUCUGCAUUCCUGCAAUCCUUGACAGAUGACUCUACUACCACUGAUGAUGCCAGGGUGAACAAACAAGCCGGUCCAGAUGCUGCUGGAUCGAAUGAGUAGAUGCCUUCAGUUCAAAUAGCAGUGUAAUUGGACAUUCACCUGUACCAGACAACUUACUUACCCUAGCACGCUUCACUAUUCCCCCCUCUUUACUUGCAGCAAAUCCAUAACAAUGAAACAGGUGACUUUCAUGCUGCUGUCAGGACUGAUCUAAUUUUAGCUGGGUGAAUGAUUGCAAUUGGCUUUGCCUCAUCAGAUAAUUAAUCUAUGUCACCAUUAAUUGGAAAAGAGAAUAAUUACAGGCAGUGUUGACAGAAAUUCUACGCUUCUCCAGAUUCCAAGAUCUAAUUACAACUAGUGAAACCCCGUGACCUUAACUAGCACUUAGUACACCUUGCCCACCUUGACCAUGCCCAUGUGAAGACCACUGUCCCUGGAAAGAACCUGUUUUUGCAAUCACGCCGCACACACUUCCACUCUCUUCACUCUCCUCACUCUCUGAAAGCUGUCUCCCUCAAUCACUUUUCAAUAUUCAAUCUUAAUUUUGUGGAAGUUUAGCAUUUUCAAUGAGCUGGAGAUGAAUGAUUAAUGAAUAAAUUUAAAUGCUUCAUUUUGUCCAUGGAUCAUUAGUUAAGUCCUUUGUGGGAAGGACCUGAGAAAAGGAGUGAAAAUUAUUGAGACAUUAGCCUGAAGCAAUCCAGGGGUAAAUAGUGUGCACAAAAGGAUGUUGUGUGUGCACUAUCCACUGGCUUUUCUAAAGAACCCUGGGGAAACACUGUUUUCAAUUUGGAAUCUUAACUGAAUCACAUUUAGUACUUGUAGAAAAUUGAUUUUUGUUUCAUCAUGUUUCAACAAUGUCGUACUAAUGGUAGACAACACUAAUGUCUGCUCCAUAUGGACUUUAAAAGUUAAGCAAAAAUGUUUUGGGAUAAACAAUACUUGUCUACAUACUAUCAUAUUAAUUAAAUAUUUAAAUUCUCAUUAAAAAAAAUAAGAAUCUGUAAUUAAUAACAGUCAUACAGUUCUUGAAAGAGUUCAAGUGCUGUUGAUAUUCUUUACAAUGUUAGUAGUGUCAAGGUCGGUGCUUUCAGACUGCUCCUUAGAAAAAUGUGUUGCCCUCUCCUUCUGUCUGUGGCUGGUUGAUAGAGAUGCUGUUGUUUUGUUGAUACGCCGGAUGCCUCUCCUACUACUGGAGACAGAAGGGGGCAGUAUGGACACAACAACCUUAGAGAGACGUAUUAAUUGACUGCAACACGGUCCACUUUAAUAUCUUAUGGUUG